CACACACACACACACACACACACACACACACACACACACACUUACACACAUGCACGACCCCCUUAACUGCCCAAACACAUUCAGUCAAAAACCCCAUAUGUUGAUUAGGUUGUUAUUGUUGCCUUCACAAAAGCUACCAUCUCUUGUCCCUUUGCUUGUCGUCCAAAGAUGUGAAGUCCGCGUCCCUCCGCCUCUCAGACACAUUUCCCAUUAGUAUUGACCCAGAGAGCUUGCAAUCAGAGAAGGUGUGUAACUAAAUCCCCAGCAUUGGCAAGUAAGGGGAGCUGCACUCAGGCAACUACCCCAAAGGCAUGGGGAGUGCUCUGGUUACCUGCAGCUCUCUGUGUGUGUGUGUGUGUGUGUGUGUGUGUGUGUGUGUGUGUGUGUGUGUGUGUGUGUGUGUGUGUGUGUGUGUGCGUGUGUGUGUGUGUGUGCGCGCAAGCAUUGUUUCUACCUACCUGUCUUUAUGUGUCACAGAAAGAGGUGAAGUGCAGAGCUCACAAUAAAGCACAGAGGCAGAGAAAGGUAGGAUUAUAUACAUUGCAGGUUAGAGAAAGGCACUGAGAGAGAAGGAGAGGAUGGGAGGAAAAAGCGACAGGGAGAGGCUUAAGAUUACAGAGGCGAGCUCUCUUUGUUGCCGAGUUCAGUUGUGAUGGGCGGCUAGUGUUAAGGGAAAGAGUGAAGGAGCCCUUCAAUGCGCUACCAUAAAAUUUGCAGGACCGCUGAGGAUGUUCUUCUCCACUGAUCAAACUUUUGUCAGAUGAACGAGGAAGCUGGACUUCAAGGAAGGUGAAGCAGAAGGUCAGACAAUUCGCUGGGAUCCAAAGAACGUAGGCAAACAAAACCCCAGAGAAGUCUAGUCUGGGGGGGACCAAGUGAUUAAGCCUUCAGGGUGAAUAACAAGUCAAGCAAGAGCAGGCGUAAGGCUGGACAGGAGAGCACUGUUCAACAGAAGAGAGGCAGAGGGAGAGGGUCGGCUGCAGAAGUGGAGAUAAGCAGUGAAAAACAAAAUUAGUCUACAGUGCAAGAGAGCUUGACACCGGACGACUGAAGGGAGAUCAAGGUUCCUCCUUCUAACCUGAUUAAGGAGAAGAGAGGUCUGGGAGACCCGAUCAACAGAACUCAAGAGCCGGCCAGAGAAGGAGAGGGGAGAGAGAGAGAAUUACAACAGGGCGCAUGUUGAAAGAAGCCUCUUAAGUCUGGGAGCUGGAAUUAGAGCCACAGAAACUGCAGAGGGGAAGCCACAAAACCACAGUAAAAAUGCCUGCGAACGGGAACCGCCCCUUGAAGUUGCAGUUUGGUCUCGUCAACCACGAGGGUCGCUAUCUCACUGCUGAGAGCUUUGGCUUCAAGGUGAAUGCCUCAGCUCCCAGCCUAAAGAAGAAGCAGAUUUGGACUCUAGAGCAGGACUCCCAGGACACCCAGGUAGUCUACUUGCGCAGCCACCUGGGGCGCUACCUGGCCUCUGACAAGGACGGCAAGGUCACCUGUGAGGCCGAUGGCCACAACUCGGACUGCCGUUUCCUCAUUGUGGCUCAGUCCGAUGGUCGGUGGGCGCUGCAGUCUGAGCAGCACCUCCGCUUCUUCGGCGGCUCGAGGGACUACCUGUCCUGCUUUGCCCAGAUAAUCACAGAUGCUGAGCUGUGGGCAGUGCACCUGGCUCUACAUCCGCAGGCCAACCUGCUGUCUGUGGCCCGCAAGCGCUAUGCCCGCCUCUCCGCAGAGGACGGGGAGAUCGCUGUGGAUUUGAACAUUCCCUGGGGCGUGGCAGCGCUCCUCACCCUCGUCUACCUGGAUGGGAAGUACUGCCUAAAGACGUGCGACAGCCGCUUCCUCAGCAAUGAUGGGAAGCUCUUGACACAGAGUGGGAGGGCCACAGCGUACACCCUAGAGCUGAAGUGUGGGAAGCUGGCCUUUAAAGACUGUGAGGGGAAGUAUUUGUCUCCAAUGGGGCCUACGGGCACCUUAAGGUCUGGACGCUGCUCCAAGCCGGGCAAAGAUGAACUGUUUGACCUGGAGGAGAGCCACCCACAGGUGGUUUUGAUGGCAGCCAAUGGGCGAUAUGUCUCCAUAAGACAAGGAGUCAGCCUCGCAGCCAAUCAGGAAGAUGAGACAGACAUGGAGACGUUUCAGAUGGAGAUUGACAAGGAAACCAGGAAGUGCACGUUUCGCACCAGCCAAGGGAACUGUUGGGCCCUGGUGGCUCACGGAGGCAUCCAGAGUACUGCAACUGAAGAGUCAGCCAACACCAUGUUUGCAGUGGAGUGGCUCGGCCACAAGGUGGCAAUAAAAGCUAACAAUGGAAAAUACAUCUGCAUUAAGAAGAAUGGCCAACUGCUCGCUGUCAGUGACUUCGCAGGUGAGGAUGAGCUGCUCACUCUGAAACUGAUCAACCGACCCAUGCUGAUCUUGAGGGGGGAGAACGGCUUCAUCUGCCACCACAGGAACUCCAACACGCUGGAUGCCAGCAGAUCGGUCUAUGACAUUUUCACCCUUCAGUUCAGCGAAGGGGCCUACCACGUUAGAGGUGUGGAUGGUCAGUUCUGGUAUGUGAACAGCGCCGGGCUGGUUUGCUCGGACGGCGAGGCCCCCGAGGAUUUCACCCUGGAGCUCCUUGAGCACGGUCGCCUGGCCAUCCGUGGCAAGAAUGGCAAAUACCUGCGUGGAGACCAAGGGGGCACGCUGAAGGCCGACGGACUCAGCCUGAGCAGCUCAGCUCUGUGGGAGUAUUAACGCAGUCAGUCCAAUACUGGUUCAAACCUGAGGCCCAACUCUGAUGCUUGAGGAGAUCCGCCAUUCAUCACCACCGUAGUAUUUUGAACUUAACUUGAGUUAAACUUAGUGGCAUUUAAUUCCGUUUUUUUCCCUCGUUCCUGCUGCAAAGAGGAAGCAGCAGGUAUAAGCGGGAUGAAGCACUCACCGUGGAUAAUCAGCCAAGAGACGUCUUGAUGUGGUGAACCAUGUUCUGAGAAGGGGCUGCAUCUCAAAACACAAUUGGUGUGACUGAACAUUAGAGUUUUUCUGUCCUCCCUCUGGGUUUUUUGUUGCCCAGUAAACAUUUGCUGCAAGAUCAAAUGAAUGUCUGAAACGAGACCUUUAGAUUUCAGAGAUUUGAAAACAAGCAUCAGUGUGACGAACAACUAGCCUUCCUUCCACUCCUCCAGGGCUUUACGUCCCUGACAACAAGGCAACAAAGUUGCAGCACAUGGUGACACCGAUCCAGUCUAGUCUAACAGGUACAAGUACAGUGGCUCAGGGUGUCAUUUGAGACAGACGUCAUCUUUUUUUGUCGGUCUGAGGUUGUUGUUCAACAGACGAGAAUGAAUUGGUUUCUAGUAUUCACCUUAACUAACAGUAACUAAGACUAGUGCACAUGUUAGCGGCAGUAAUUGGAUCAUUCCAGUCUCAAACUGCAAGUAAAUGGAUUUUAUUAAUUUCCUUUUUUUAUUUGUCCCUCUGUUAUGUUCCUAGUUUCCUCUUC